AAUGGAGAGUUAAUUGUGAAUUUGGUGAAGAUAACCGAAGAAAUCGGGGAGACCGAUUUCAACAUUGAGAUCGUCGAAAAUGUGUUGGUUAGACGUGGAGCACUAAAUCCUAAUGAAGAUGUUGAUAAAUUAGCAUUUUCUGAUGACGAUUAUUGA